AUGGCCUCCGACAUUCUACUCCCAGGACAGCCAGUUUUCCUACGGGGGCCUGCUCCCAGCCUGGGUGGGGGUCUCUAUCUCAGUGAAGGUCAGGUCAGGGCCAGUGUGGUGGGCGUCCCGCGUCAACAAGGAUCUACAAUCUCUAUUCCUCGUAUUCGACCGCACCCACCCACGACAAACUCCGUUGUCCUUGGUACUGUCACCCGACUGACACCUAUACAGGCAAUGGUGUCUAUUUCAGUGGUGGAUGAUGUCCCGCUUCCCACUGGGGAGGAGUUCAUUGGUGUAAUCCGUAAUCAGGACGUUCGAGCGACCGAAAAGGACAAGGUGAAGAUCGGGGAUUGCUUUCGAGGAGGGGACGUCGUGAAGGGGUCGGUUAUAUCUCUGGGAGAUGCACGUAGCUACUACAUCACCACAGCACGCAACGAUCUUGGUGUUGUUUUCGCGACAAGUGAAGCCGGUGCGACGAUGGACCCGGUGUCAUGGAAGGAGAUGCGAUGUCCGAAGACGGGACGGCUGGAGAAGCGCAAGUGCGCGAAGCCGGAAGGAUUAGUAGGCAAUUAG